AUGACUGAGCUGGCCACGCCCCAGCGACUAAGCCGGCCCUGUCACGUGACUGAGCAGGCCACGCCCCAGCGACUGAGCCCCACCAAUGCAACUGCUCCUGUGAUCCAGUUUUUGGUUUUCUCCAGAUCUCCACUACUCCUCCUCAAGUCUCCACACCUGUGGUUCAUCCCCUCAUCCGUCCAGCCCUCACCCCUCCAGCUUACCCCGCCUACCAGCCCAGUCCUCACCCCUACAGCCUACCACACCUACCAGCCCUCACCUUUACAGCCUACCAGCCCAGCCCUCACCCCUCCAGCCUACCAGCCCAGCCCUCACCCCUACUGCCUACCACACCUACCAGCCCUCACCCCUAAAGCCUACCAGCCCAGCCCUCACCCCUCCAGCCUACCACACCUACCAGCCCUCAACCCUCCAGCCUACCACACCUACCAGCCCUCACCCCUACAGCCUACCAGCCCAGCCCUCACCCCUCCAGCCUACCAGCCCAGCCCUCACCCCUACUGCCUACCACACCUACCAGCCCUCACCUCUACAGCCUACCAGCCCAGCCCUCACCCCUACAGCCUACCAGCCCAGCCCUCACCCCUCCAGCCUACCACACCUACCAGCCCUCACCCCUACAGCCUACCACACCUCCCAGCCCUCACCCCUACAGCCUACCACACCUACCAGCCCAGCCCUCACCCCUCCAGCCUACCAGCCCAGCCCUCACCCCUACAGCCUUCCCCACCUACCAGCCCAGCCCUUACCCCUACUGCCUACCACACCUACCAGCCCAGCCCUCAUCCCUCCAGCCUACCACACCUACCAGCCCAGCCCUCAUCCCUCCAGCCUACCACACCUACCAGCCCAGCCCUCAUCCCUCCAGCCUUACCUCAGUCCUGUUACCCUCAUUAA